AUGGCACGGCUCAAGCGCCAGCCCAAGAAGGGCGGAUCGGCCCACCCCGGCAUCGCCAGCUUCAUCACCCAGCUCCAGCAGGUUCCCCAGCAUGAGCUGCCCUCGCUGGUCCAGCCGCUGCUCGAGCACGGCUGGGAGUGGCCCAAGACCGACCUCCAGCACUGGGUCUACCCGCUCAACCGGUUCGACGAGAUCCUCGAGAACGUCAUUCGCGACUACGACCUCGGCUCGAUGGAGCACUGCCAGACGAACGAGUUCACGCCGCGGACCAAGGAGCUCCUCCUGAGCGUUCUCGGCUUCCAGAAGCUCCUCCUCGAGAACUCGACGAACCGAAAGAUCUUCAACGGUUUCGACCGCAUCAACGACCUCCUCCACACUACCGACAUCUCUGUCCUCCUCGCGACCCUCCGCCUCGCUCUUCGUCCAGCUCAGCAGUUCUCGUCGAUCAACUCGUCCCUGAACGCCGCGCCCUUCUCCGAGAAGCGCCUCCUCGCACUCGCCCAGUCGUGGGGAACGCGCGAGCAUGGCAUCGAGCUUUACCAGCUUGCCGAGGAUAGGCAGCUGGAAGUUCCGCUCGAGUCGCAGGAGCCCGAGUGGCAGUUCUACCGCAAGGCUGAGCCGAGCAAGGGCGCGUCUGAGAACAAGUCCCAGGAGCAAGGGAUGGAGGUUGAUUCUGCGGAACCGCCGGCGUCGGCGCCUCAGGCCUCGACCAGCGUUUCUACCCCUGCACCCGUACGACGCACCGCAUCCUUCGCUCCCCACCUCCACACGCCCGCGCGCGAGGCGCCUUCGACGCCCGCCGCUCCUACGACGCCUGCAACGGGCACGUCGGCGCAGGGUCCGAAGUCUACGGAGGGUCUCACGACGAUCCACCUUCCCAACCUCCGCACGACGCAGAAGAGCGCAAUCGACAUUCUUCUCGACCUUGCUGAGACUCACCACGUGCCCGACUCGGACCGCCUUGACCUCCUUCAGCGCAUCCGCAUCGGCCAGGCGCUCUCUUCGCCUAGUACGGCCACUCGUCAGCAGCUCCUCGUUGUGCGCCUCUUCGCCCUCGCCGUCUUCGCCCACUCGCAAAGCGAGCAAGCCGCUCAGCUGAAGAUCUUCCUGUACGAGCCCGACCUGAUCGCUCAGGUCGCUGAGCUGGUCCACCCCGAACGCGACGUCCCGGUCGAGGUCCGCAGCGCAGCGCUGUACGCGCUGGAGGCGUUCGGUAGGCGGAAGUCGAGGACUGCCGAGGUGGCCAGCGCGCUCAACGCCAGCGUCAGCCACGGCGUGCUGAUGGAGACGGUCCGCAAGAUGGCGGCCGAUCUCGACACCGACGAGCCCGAGACGAAUGUCGAAUACAUCGAUGCGCUUUUCCACGUCCUGACCUACAUGAACAUCCACACCGCGAUCGGCUCCAUGGUUAUCGGCGCCGGCAUCGUCAGCGUUCUGCUCGACUUCCUCCGGAACGAGCGACGUGGCUACCUCCAGCUCCUCGGCGCGAACAAGGCGAAUGUCCUCCUCGACGGCUUCGUUUCCGGCUACUCGAACGCUUUUACGGCCUUCAUGUCAGCCGGAGGCCUCAACGUCUGGGUCGCUCGCAUCAAGACCGAGGUCGACGAAGCUGUGUCUGCGCACGCCGACGAGGCGAAGAAGCUCGAGGCAUCGGUCAAGGAGAACGCGCUCGGUUUCUUGCCUUUCCAGCAGGGCAUCCUGCUCAAGUCGUUCCUCCGCGCCCUUCAGCGUCUCCUCGCCGGAUCCGGCACGACCGAGGGCCUCCGGAACGUCAUCGACACGUCGCUCCUCGACAGUAUCAAGACGGUCAUGCAGUAUCGACGCGUCUUCGGCCCGCAGAUCUUCUCCCUUGCCGCCAACAUCGCUGCGACGUUCGUUCACAACGAGCCGACAUCGCUUGCCGCCCUCCAGGAGGCCAAGGUGCCCGAGAUCUUCUACGACUCGCUCGAAGGAGUCAUUCCCGCCGCCAACGAAGUCCUGCAGUCGAUCCCGCAUGCCAUCGGCGCCUUCUGCCUCAACCAAGCGGGACUCGAUCAGCUUCUCGCGCGCCCGCUCGUCGACAAGUACUUCGAAAUCUUCACGACGCGCGAGCACGUCGAGCUCCUUCGGGACCGCGACUCGGCCGUCAUCCUCGGCAGCUCGAUUGAAGAGCUCAUCCGGCAUCACCCCGCCCUCAAGGAGAAGCUCAUGAAGGGCGUCCACGGCGUCCUCGAGGCGCUCAAGGCGAACGGCGAGCGCUUCGUCGUUCCCGACGGAGAAGAGGGGUACAACCUCGUCGCAGCUUCGCCUGUGCGAGACGUCCCCAUGCAGGAGUUGGGGACGGAUUCGGCCGGACAGGCGACUCGUGCGGGUCAAGAGCAAGAUUCGGAUCAGGCGCGUCGAGAGCAAGACGUGAAGGACAAGGACAAGAAGAAGGACGAGGAGACUAUGAAGAACAACGAGGCGACCGACGCGAUCGAUGUCUUCGGACGCUUCCUCGAAGGGCUGUUCCAGAACACCGGCCAAGUCAUCGACGACUUCUUCGGCGCGACAGACAAGGUCUUCGAGACGCUCCUCGAUCUGCUCGCCCUGCCGUGCUCUCCUGCGAUCAUGGAGAAGAAUAACGGCUACAGCUCCAUCGCCGCCAUGUUCCGGAUCGCAACCGAGACCAAGGCAAGCGAGGUUCUCUCCUGCAUCUUGCGCCGCACCGACAAGUGGAUGAAGAAGACCGAGUGGUUCUGGAACACGACAGCGACCGACGGCCUCGCUCGCGAGUCGCCGCUCGCCGCGAUGGUUAGCCCGCCUGUCGACUCGCUUCCUGACCAGCAGAAGCGCUUCCGCGACAUCACCGUCCUCCUCUCGCACAUCUCGCUGCUCUCCGAUGUCUUCACAAACCUCACUUACGCGUACGGGAAACCCGCAACCGUCAUCCUCAGCGUCUUCACCAAGCCGGCGGAGCAGGGCGAGGUUCUCGAGCGCAUCGGACGCGUCUACCGGGCGUGUCAGUGGGAGAACGUCGCCAUCCGUCCCACCAGCUUCUGGACGGGCGAGGCGUCCCAGGCAGCGACCGAGGAGAUCGCGCAGAAUGCGCCGCAAGGCGAGGCGCCGACUCCCGCGGUCGCAGCUUCGCGCGAGCACCAGCAGGAGCGUGCAGCCGAGAAGGCGGCGGUCGAAGCGAUCUCGACUCCGGCGACGCCCGACUCGCCCAACAUCAAGCUCAUUCAGGACGUCCUACAGGCUUUCACGAGAUCGACCUUGCCGUUCAUGCAGGCCAUCCUCAAGCUUGUCCUCCAGCGUCGCACCGCCGAGGCUGCGCAUCGCGCCGUCGGACAAGCUGUUGCUGAGAAGCUCGCUCGCUUCCUCCGCGACAGCCUUGAAUGGCCCGAGGCGAAGGAGCUCUCUGCCAACCUGGCGUACGCAGCGCAGAGCCUCAUCCUCGUCACCAAACUCCUCUUCGACGAACGUCCGAACGGCUUGCAAGUCCAGCUCUUGCGUUCCUUCGUCGCCUGCGGCGGCUUCGAAGCCUACCUGCGCCUCUUUGAGCGGCUACAGGCCGUCGCAACGGAUUACUUCGCCUCCACGUCGGACGCCAGCACCGCUUCGCCGCUCAUCAUUCCGGUCUUCGGCGGUCUCAAGACGGUCCUCGAGCUUCUCGUCCGGCUCACGGCGGGCCAGACGAUCCUCGAAGCGCCGCAAACGGCAAUUCUGCUCACUCGCGAGAAGGACCCGGCAAGUCGCAACUACUUCAACGCGCCCGCUCUCCUCGUUCGCCUUCGCGCAGCAGCUUUGCCGGCAAUCUGCGCCAUGUGGGAGCAGCCCUGGCUCCGAAAAUGCCCUCAGAACGUCGUUCGCAGUCUCGUCGCCACCCUCAUCAACGUUCUCAAGGCGGAGGGGGAGGACCAGACAGACCAGCCGCCUCGACCAGAAGUCGGUCGCCCUCUCGGUCAGGUCAUCGCAGACGGCAACCUCGCGGUGGGGGGCACGGCGAACGCGCUCAAUGCCAUGUUCGGCGGUGGGCCGCUCGGAGCCCUGGCGGGCGUUCCAGCCACGCCGCCUGCUCCGGACGAGACGCGCAUCGCGCAGCUGAUGGACAUGGGUUUCCCGCGUGGCGCAUGCGAGACGGCGCUCCGCCGCACGCGCAACAACGUCGCCCUUGCGACUGAGUACCUUCUCCAGCACCCGGACGUGGUCGGCGCCGCUCGCGAUGAGGAAGCCCGUCAGCUCCUCGCCCCCGCUCCGCUCGCACCUCCUGCCGAUGCUCAACCUGCACAGGCCGACAACGUCGAAGCUGCGCCAGCUCCUCUCGCUCCCCAAGACCAGCCCGCAGAGCCUGCGGCCCCGGCACCCGAGCCCCAGGCAGACGUCGAGAUGGGAGAUGCCAAUGCAGAUGGCACGGUUGCCGAAGCCGCAGCGUCGACUACUGCUGCAGAGGAGCCGCCGGCGACGCUAGAAACGCCAAUCGACGACGUGAAGAAGGAGCUCAAGGUCGCCCGCGAGAAGAUCGAGACCGGCUUCAUCCACCGCACGCUCGAACUCGCCGAGGACUUUGCGGACCUCGUCUUCGACGUCAAGAACGUCUUCAACUCGCUUGCGCCGCCGAGCAGUGCCGAGUCGGGCAAGCCACCGUUCAAGCCGCUUCUAGACGAGCUCGACUCGUUCACAGCGGAGAACGGUGCGGACGCCCGCGAAGCCGCCAUCACGACCCGGCUGCGUCUCAUUGCCCUCAUCACUACCGACGUCAGCUACCGCGAAACGGUCGAGUCUCUGCGCGAGAACGUCAUGUCGACCGUGAUGCGUUUCGAACGUCAUUACUCGGAAAAGUCGCCCGCCAAGGAUGCUCGCCCGAAGUGGCUGGCGCCCCUGAUGCUCGUCGCCGACUCGAUGCUCGCCAUUCAAGACGUGCCGCGACCGACCGAGAUCCUCGCCGAAGGCAGCGAGGUCCCCUCUGUUGAGCUCGUCGCGCAGGGUCCGGCCUGGGCAAACGAGCGCAAAGCGCUCUUCGAGCUCGCUCUCGACGUCCUCGACAAGGGCGUCUCGACCCGCGACGUCUUCAUCUCGACGUUGCGCCUCCUCCUCUGCUUGACGCGCGACCACGAUGUCGCCGCCGCUUUCGCUCAACGCGAUGGCGUCCGAACUCUUCUCUCUUCCUUCGCGAUCGAUUCGCCGGAGACGAAGGGUUGCAGGUCCUAUGCCGUCAUGAUUCUCCGCCACGUCGUCGAGGAUCAGGCUCUCCUCAAGUCGGUGAUGGAGCGAGAGAUCGAAGGAUGGUUCGGCUCGAACCGGUCAAAGGUGGCCGACGCCACGGGCUUCGUUCGCGCAACACACAGCGUUGCCUUGCGUAACAUCGCGACUUUCCUCGAAGCCGCCAAGACCACCAUCAAGCUCGUUCGCGCCGAUGCCCCGCACCACUACCACGUUACGCUGCAGCGAGACGACGGCGCGAACGCCGGCAAGCAGGUCGACUCUGAGCCCCUCAAGUCGCCGCUCAACCAAGAUGGCGCCGACUCGACGGACGCCGCCAUGGGCGACGCACCGACCAAAGCCGCCGGCAGGGCGACGCUGUCUCCCGCGCCGCAGGCGGUUGAUGUGGUCGUUCACCUGCUCAUGCAGCAGGCGCUCGACACGAGUAAGGGUGCCCUCGCGCCUGUCCCGCGUCCUGCGGAGGGCGCCGAAUCGGCCGGCAACGCGCCUCCGGACGCAUCGAAGAAGGAUGCGGUGGAUGCCCACAUCCCUGCGGACACCCCUCUCGACGAUUUCUACCAGUCCGCCUUCUCCCUCGCGUGUCUCGCCGAACUCGUCGCGUCCUAUAACCCGUGCAAGGCGAGCUUCCUCGCCUUCUCGACCCGCAAGGGCGGGAGCAAGGAAACGGUCACACCCAAGUCGCGCUCUUCGUUCCUCUACUUCCUCCUGAACGAUCUCGCCCUGUCCUCGUCGCUCGCGCCACUUGGCGACUUCGAUACGAAGCGCGCAUCGUCGAUGUGGGGUUGGGCGUCGCUCGUCGUCGUUGGUCUUUGUUACGAUUCGGCUGCGGCGUCGACCCUCGGCAACGCCGCAGACAGGGAGUCGGCGAACGAGAUCACGGUCGUGCGCAAGGCCGUCCUCGAAGUCAUCGCUCGAGCGUUCCGCGAUGCGAUGGCAUCGUCCGAGCCAACCGAGACCCGUUACGCACGGCUCGCCUGCCUCUCCGACCUCUGCCAUCGCCUGUUGACGGCGCGUCCCUUCCCGAACGUCAACCGGCCGCACUCGGAGACGUCGAUGCAGCUCGCCAAGCUCAUGCUCGAGAAGAACUUUGCCGUCAUCCUCACGAACGCGCUCGCCGACGUCGAUCUCAACUACCCUCACGUCAACGUCCUGAUCAACGCGAUCCUCCGCCCGCUCGACCACCUCACCAAGAUCGUCACGAAGCUCGGCCGCGCCAAGGGAGCAUUGUCCGGAGCGGCAGGCGCUUCGAAGGACGGUGCCAUGUCGAGCGACUUUUCCUCGGAAGACUCGUCGAUGAUGAGCGACGGCGAGACUGUCAGUGACGAGUCUGACGUGGAGCUGAGCCCGGAGGAUCAGGCCGCAGCCGACCUGUACCGCAACUCGGCGCUCGGCAUGUACGAGGGCGAGCUCGAGCAGGGCCAGCCGGAGGAGUUUAUGAGCGAGGACGAGGAGGCUUACGACGAAGACGACGACGAGAUGAUGGAGGAGGAGUUCGACGGUAGCGAGUUCAGCGAUGCGUCCGACCUGGAUGAUGACGAGGAGCAUGGCGGCCGGCGCUUCUCGGAUGCCGACAUGGAGGAGAUGGCCGCAGAAGACGAGGACGACCUUGACGGCGACUCGGACGGCGAAGGCUCCAUCAUCGAUGCCGACGAUGUCGAAGAGGAGAUUCUGUUCGAAGAAGGUGGCGAUGGCGAAGACCAGCUUGAGGCAUUCGAGGCCCAGUUCGAUGGGGAGGAGAACGAUUGGGUGGACGAGGACGACGAGGAAGGUGGCGGUCCUGCCGAUGGCGGAGACGAGCUCGUGUUCGGAGGCGAGGCAGGCAUGGGAGAGAUGGACGACGAGGAAGGCGUCGACGAAGCCGGCGACAGUGAAGGCGGCUUCACCGACGAGGAGGAGCUGCUGACGGGCGAGCUCGAGUUCGACCCAGAGAUGACCGAGCAGCUGCGAGCUCAGUCGACUGCACAAGCGUACGGCUGGGACCCGGUCACGGGCGGCGACGGCGCCAGUGCUCGCCGCAACCGAAGCCUUGCCGAGGACAUGAUGAUGCUGGGCGACGCCGGCGCCGACCGCCCUCGCAACCAGAACACGGCCGCGCCCCAUCCACUCCUCGCCGAGUCGUCGUCUGCCGAGGCAGCGGCGGAACCAGCUGCGCGUCGUCCUCGCGGCCACCAGGGCGCGAGUCGCGACUCGCCGGCCUAUCGCGAAUGGGUGCGGUCCGUCGAAGCUAUGCUCGGUCCCGGCGGUGUCAACACGCUCGAAGAGAUUCUCGGCACGCAAGGCCUCUCGCAUCUCCACGGGCCGGAGCAGGUCAGCGUCCAGCUCCAGCCGACGGCGGAAGGCGGCAUGGCCGUGGUCAUCCAACCGAACCCAGGCGCCCGCGGUGCGCAGCACGCUCACGGGCAUGACGCUCACCGCCACGCCGGGACCUCCGCAUCGCAGCCCAGCUCGAGGUCGGUUGCGCGCCAGCUCUCCGACCGCAUCAACGCUGCUUCGGCCUUUCUGCCGCUGCAGACAAAUCAGCGAUGGUACGAGGAGAGCCGCAUCCUUCAGGGAUGCGUGCUCGUCAACGAACGCAUCGUGCGGCUCGCCAAUCACCUCAUCAACGUUCUCCACGGCCCCGCUCGCGAGACGGCGAAGGAGGAGCGCCGGAAGGAGGAGGAGCGUCGGAGAGAAGCGGAGCAGGAAGCGAGGGAGGUCGCCGAGCGACUCGAACAGGAGAAGCGAGUUCAAGCAGAGGAGGAGGAGCGACGACGGAAACAGGCGGAGGAAGAGAAGGCGAAGGAGGAGGCGGACACUCGAGGUGGAGCGGAGGCGUCAGCGGCGCAGACUUCGAUGGAGGUCGACAACGAGCCGACCGAGGAAGUCCCUGACGACGUCGCCGAGGUCAUGAAUCUCGCCCGCUCGCUCGCCGCGGGACUCGCGGUGCCAUCCACCUCGGGAUCGACUCCAGCAGCCACCUCUCGUCAAGGGACGCCGGCGAAUGCACCCCCAGCCUCGGAUACCACCCCGUCAGGCGGAGCUUCUGCUCCAGCGGGCGAAGCCGCUGCACCAGUCGCCAGCGGCUCGGAAGAUGCGCCGCGACCGGAGCGUGUUGCCGUCCUCGUCCAUGGCGAAGAAGUCGACAUCACCGACACCGGCAUCGAUCGCGAGUUCCUCGAAGCUCUGCCCGACGACAUGCGCGACGAGGUGAUCCGACAGCAUCUGCGCGAGACUCGUACGCGCUCGACAGGACCUCCUCCAGCCCUUCCCGAGCACAUCAACUCCGAGUUUCUCGACGCUCUGCCGCCGGCGCUGCGCGACGAAGUUCUUCGUCAGGAGGCCGCAGCGCAGCGUCGUGCUCAAGCUGCGCCUGCAGCCGCAGACCAGGCUGUCGGCCGCGCCGACGAGCCGGCCGACUUCGCCGAGGUCGACCCAGCCGACUUUUUGGGCACGCUCGACCCCGCACUGCGGUCUGCAGUCUUGUCGGCCGAGCAGGGCAACGCGCCCAAUCCGCUCGACGCUCUCCUAGGCGGCCUUCUCGCCGCCGGCAGCAGGGCCCGUCGAGGUCCCGCUGCGAAUGCGGCGUUCCAGGCUGUUGGCGGGCAAGCGGGCGGGCCCGACCGUGGCGGUGUUCCUCUGGGUCAACCGGGUCAUGCCGCCGCCAAGAAGUCUGCGACGCACCGUGAAGUCAUCCAGCUCCUCGACAAGUCCGGCCUGGCAACCCUCGUGCGACUACUCUUCUUCCCACAACCUCUCAAACGCCACUCGCUCCAGCGCGUCCUCGUCAACCUGUGCGAGAACGGUCGCACCCGGGUCGAGCUCGUCCACCUGCUCCUGACGAUCCUACAUGACGGGACUCGCGACGUCUCAGCUGUCGACAAAAGCUUCUCGCAGAUGAGUCUGCGUGCGAGUCGUGCGCUCGUGACGAAGGAGACGCCAAAGCGCAGGGCGCCCGAGACGCCCGGUGGCUCCCUGCCGCACUUCCCCGGCGAGAGCGUGCCGAACUUGAUCGCGCAGCGUUGUCUCGAGGCGCUCGGCUUCCUCGUCCAAGCGAACGAGCAGACGUCGCUCUACUUCCUCACCGAGCAGGAGGUCCCGGUCAGCAAGCGUGCCGCCAAGAAGGGCAAGGGCAAGGAGAAGGCUGCGCCGACGACGACCUACCCCAUCAUCGUGCUUCUCGGACUCCUCGAGCGACCGGCAACCCUCAAGACGCCUGCGAUGAUGGAAGCGAUCACGACUCUCCUCGCCCAAAUCACGCGCUCGCUCGCCUCGAUCGAGAAGCCUGCGACCGCCGAGCCCGCCGCAGUUUCUCAAGUUCCGCCUGCACCGAAUGCCGCCACGGGGAAAGCCUCGUCGGCGGCAGCAGGCUCCACUGCACCUCCCGCAGAACCCGCCAGCAAGAACGACGACCAGAAGGCGAAGGACGUGAAGGACGCGCCAUUGACGGUCGACGCGCUGUCGAAGAACCCACCGCAGAUUCCGGCGACCAGUCUUGGCCACGUCGUCAACGUUCUCGACGCUGGCGAGUGCUCCAGUCGCACGUUCUCCCAGACGCUCGGCCUCAUCCAGAACCUCUCGCAUCUCGACGGAGCUCGCGAGAUCAUCCUCGGCGAGCUCAAGGCGCGCGCCGAGAAGAUCUCGCAGGAGAUCGUUCCCUCGCUCGUCGAGUUGCUCGACACGAUCGGCCGCGACCAGCCCGUUGGCGGCGUCACGCUCGGCAAGUUCACGCCUGCGUCGUCGAACCAGGCAAAGCUCCUCCGCAUUCUCAAGACGAUCGACUUCUUCGGUGCAGCGCCAAAGAGGCUCCCAUCGACCAACAGCGGCGAGCCCGCCUCGAAGAGUCUGUCUGCGGAGGAGGAGCAAGUCAAGCAGAUCUACAGCUCGCUCAGCAAGUCUGAUCUGUGGAAGCGACUCGGCGACGCGCUCGGCGGCAUCGAGGCCAAGCCCGACCUGCUCUACCUCUCGACGGUGCUCCUCCCGCUGAUCGAGUCGCUGCUCGUCGUCAACAAGUUCACGGACGCCUCCUCGACCGAGUUCAUCGACUUCACUACGGCGCACAGCAAGAUUCUUAACACGAUGGUUCGCAACAACCCGUCGUUGAUGAGUGGAUCGUUCGCCGUGCUCGUCCGCAACUCGUCCAUGCUCGACUUUGAGAACAAGCGCUCCUUCUUCUUCUCGCGCCUGCAUGACCGUUCUCAGCGGAAGCGACCGCACUACCCGACGAUCAACCUCAACGUCCGUCGUGCCCACGUCUUCGAGGACUCGUUCCAUGUCUUCAACCGCAGGUCCGGCGAAGAGAUCAAGUAUGGCAAGCUGAACGUCAAGUUCUACGACGAGGAAGGAGUCGAUGCUGGAGGCGUUACUCGCGAAUGGUUCGGAGUGCUCGCGCGCCAGAUGUUCAACCCGGGAUACGCGCUCUUCCAGCCUCAGGCCGCCGACUCGCUCACGUACCAGCCGAACAAGUCGUCCGCCAUCAACGAGAACCACCUCGAGUACUUCCGCUUCGUCGGCCGCCUCAUCGGCAAGGCUAUCUUUGAUCAGCGCAUCCUUGAGGCUCACUUCAGUCGCUCUGUCUACAAGCACAUGCUCGGCAAGCCCGUCGACCACCGCGACCUCGAGUCGAUCGACCCCGAAUAUUAUAAGUCCCUCGUGUGGAUGCUCGAGAACGACAUCGAGGGUAUCAUCGACUUGACGUUCUCCGUCGAGCGGGACGAGUUCGGCGUCAUGGAGGUCGUCGACCUCAUCCCGAACGGCCGGAACAUCCCCGUCACGAACGAGAACAAGCACGACUACGUCCGCCGCAUCGCCGACCAGCGCCUCUCGAUCGAGAUCAAGGAUCAGAUGGAUGCGUUGCUGAAGGGUCUGUACGACGUCGUGUCGAAGGACCUGCUUCAGAUCUUCUCGGAGCGGGAGCUCGAGCUCCUCAUCUCGGGCCUGCCGACGCUGGACGUGGAUGACAUGCGGGCGCACACCGACCUCGUCGGGUUCUCGCCAUCCGAUCCCGUUGUCGCGUGGUUCUGGCGCGCUGUCAGGUCCUUCUCACAGGAGGAGCGCGCGAAGCUCCUCCAGUUCGUCUCUGGCUCGUCUCGCGUACCGCUCGAGGGUUUCGCCGCGCUGCAGGGCAUGAACGGCGUCACCCGCUUCAACAUCCACAAGGCGGGCAACAAUGCGAGCCUCCCCACCGCGCACACCUGCUUCAACCAGCUCGACCUGCCGACCGGCUACGAAUCCUACGAGCAUUUCCGCCGCCACCUCUCGCUCGCCAUCCACGAGGGCGCAACUGGCUUCGCUUUCGCCUGA